AUGAGCAACACGGACGUCCUCAUCAUCGGCGCCGGCCCAACCGGCCUCACGCUCGCGCUCGAGCUGUCGGUGCAGAGCAUCCCCUUCCGCAUCAUCGACAAGCUCCCCGACAUCUCGGACAAGUCGCGCGCGCUGGCCGUCCAGUGCCGCUCGCAGGAGCUCCUCAAUCGCCACCCGCACAUCGCCGAGUCCAUGCUCAGCGACGGCACAGAGGGCCCCGGAGUCAACAUCUACUGCAACAAGCGGCACCUCGUGACGGGCACCUUUGACGACCUCGGCAUCGAGGACACAAAGUUCCCGCUGCCGCUGUGGAUCUCGCAGGCCGACACCGAGGCGGCCAUGCUCCGGCAGCUCGACGUGUACGGCGGCAAGGUGGAGCGCGGCGUCGCGGCCGAGGACAUCAAGCAGGACGGCGUGCGGGCGAGCGCCACGCUCGUGACGGGCUCCAAGAGGGAGGUCGUGCGGGCCAAGUACAUUGUCGGGUGCGACGGGGCGCACAGCAUCGUGCGGCACAGCGCCGACGUGACGUUUGAGGGGUCGCAGUACCCGCAGCAGUACAUCCUCUGCGACGCCAAGGUGCGGGGCGACUACGACGCCGAGCGCAUCUCGCUGUUCCUGGGGCGGCGCGUCAUGGUGGCGUUUCCGCUCAAGGACGGCGUGCUCCGCAUGGUGGGCGAGCGGGCGUCGGGCAGCAAGCGCGAGGGCGACCCGGACGUGGAGGAGUUUGAGGAGUUCAUGGAGGAGAUGAUGGGCCGCAAGCUCAAAAUCGACGAGGCGCUGUGGCUCACGAGCUUCCGGUGGAACUGCCGCGGCGUCAACCGGUACCGCGACGGGCGGCUGUUGCUGGCGGGCGACGCGGCGCACAUCCACUCGCCGGCGGGCGGGCAGGGCAUGAACACGGGCAUUCAAGACGCCAUCAACCUCGGGUGGAAGAUGGCGGCCGUGAUCCGCGGCGAAAAGGAGGAGAGCUUCCUCGACACGUACAACGAGGAGCGGCACCCCGUCGGGCAGCACCUGCUCACGGGCACGGACCGCAUCUUCACCAUGGUGGCGUCGCAGAACACGCUCUUCACCUGCGUGCGCAACGCGCUGAUGCCGUGGAUCGUGCCGCGGAUCUGGAGCAACAAGCCGCGGCGGCUGGCGCUCUUCACCUUCAUCUCGCAGAUGGCCAUCAAGUACCGGCGCAGCUCCAUCGUCGGCACGGCCAUCGGGUUCGAGGGCCCCGUCCGGGGCGGCUGGCGGGCGCCGGACGGCGAGAUCACGGACGAGAAGGGCGAGAAGGGCAAGUGGCUGCUCGGCCUGACGAGCGCGCGGGACCACACCGUCUUCCUGUUCGCGGGGCUCGACGCGGACGAGGAGAACCUCGACAAGGCGGAGGAGAAGCUCGUGACGGACGGCCGGUUCAAGGAGUACGGGGUCGUCAAGAUCUACGCCGGGGAGACGGCCCGCGAGGGCGGGUACAGGGACGCGGACGGCGUGCUGCACAAGCGGUACGGGUUCGAGAACGGGGCGGGAAUUGUGGUCGUGCGGCCGGACGGGUAUGUCGCGUUCAUCGGGCCGGCCGAGUGCGUGGAGGAGUUUCUCAUGAUGUGA